AGUAAGAAACUCCGGAGACUUUAGGUGCCGAAUCGGAAUCAUCCAGUGGAUCGGCCGUCUCUGUCACCAAUUCGCAUACAAAUUGAUGGCUGAACGCCUAGACAACGGAUUGAUGAAGAUCUAAGUUCUGGAAAUUGAGUUUUCUGGGAGCGAAUGAGUUGCAGAAAUGAAGCAUAAUUCGCUGCGGAGGUCUAGCUCUCAGAAACUGCACCGGAGAUGGAGGAGGAAAUUGUCCGUACUGGCGCUGAUUUUGGUCGGACUUUCCGUAGGAACCUUCGCGCUCAUGGAGACGCACUACGGACGAAUCAAAGUGCCCGCGUUUCUGUCUCACCAGGCUGUUCAGAGGCCCAAGAUUGCGUUUCUGUUCAUAGCUCGGAAUCGGCUUCCUCUUGAUAUUGUCUGGGACGCCUUCUUCCAGGGAGAUGGGGAGAACAAAUUUUCCAUACACGUUCAUUCAAGACCUGGCUUUCUAUUCAACCAAGUGACAACAAGAUCGGUGUAUUUCUUGAACCGCCAAGUUAAUAAUAGCAUACAGGUAGAUUGGGGAGAAGCAAGCAUGAUUCAAGCAGAGCGUAUUUUGCUACAAAGUGCAUUGGUAGAUCUCUCAAAUGAAAGAUUCGUAUUUCUUUCAGAUAGCUGCAUACCAUUGUACAACUUUAGCUACACAUACAACUAUAUAAUGUCUACCUCCAAGAGUUUUGUGGACAGUUUUGCUGAUACAAAGAAAGGCCGUUACAACCCAAAAAUGCAUCCUGUAAUUCCUGUUCAGAACUGGAGGAAAGGAUCUCAGUGGGUUGUUCUGAACAGAAAGCAUGCCAAAAUUGUAGUAAAAGAUGAAGCUGUUCUUCGUAUGUUUCAGUUGCAUUGCAAGAAAAAGCCACUGCCUGAGUUUUGGAGGGAGCAUCCAGUGCCUGCGGAUACAUCAAAAAUUCAUAACUGUAUACCUGAUGAACAUUAUAUUCCAACGUUGCUUGCACAAAAAGGACAAGGGGGAGAAAUAAUCAGAAGAACCCUGACUCACACAUCAUGGGAUCUUCCAUCUUCCAAGCGGCGUGAACGGCAAGGGUGGCAUCCUGUUACAUACAAGUUAGCUGAUGCUACCUCUAUGCUCAUUCAAUCUAUUAAGGAAAUAGAUAAUAUUUAUUACGAAACAGAGUACCGGAGAGAGUGGUGCACUAGCAAGGGAAAACCUGCUCCAUGCUUCCCUUUUGCAAGAAAAUUUACACGACCUGCCGCUCUUAGGCUGCUCAAUGAUACGUUUGCGCUUGGAGUUUCCAGACAAAAGAACAAAGUGACUUCCAUUUAGUUGAAAAAUUAUUAGGAUCACCAGCAUAUACCCAUAUGUACAAUUGAGUGGGUAGGCUCUUCAGGAAGCUGAACAAGGUUAAGGGAAAACUGCAAGUUACCAAACCAUAUGAUAUGGCCAUUGCGAGGCUGUGGGAAAACCAGGUGGCAGUCUAUGUUGCAAUGACACGACAUCGUACAGGCCAUGACAAAUCACAAAUAAAUAAAAGUUCAUAUGAAGUCAUAAUAGGGCAUUGCAAAGAAAGAUAGGGGAAGGGG